CACCAACAACAAAAAGAGCAUGAAGAAGUGAAGAGGUUGAGCUGGAGCUUUCUACAUCCGUUUUGCAGAAUCUUUAAAUAUCCCACAAUAAGCAAAAACAAAAGGAAGGCAAACAUGAAUAUUGGCAUUGCACACAAAUGGGAUAAAUUAUCGCCGCGAGAGUUUUUGCAGCUGCAGGAAUUGGCAUCAUAUUCCACGCGAAAGCUGCAGGAUGUUCUCCAGGAUUUUUGUGCGGCCAGUGCGUCCAGUGAGACGGCCACAUCCAAAUGCAUACCAGAUGGGGACAUUGAUUUCGAUGGCUUUCGUAGGUUUUUGGACGCAUUCCUCGACUGUGAAGCGCCGCUGGAUCUGGCCAAGCAUCUGUUUGUGUCCUUCCUCAAGCCGAACGUCACCCAGGCCCAGUUGCAUGGCAAGGCGCUCAGUCAAAUGGCGGCCAUUAGCAGCACGGCCGCCUGUGCGCCCGUCACGUCUCACACGAAGGGCUCCAUACCGAACCUGAACAGCAUUGCCGAACUGAUGCCGCAAUGCAGCAUUGGCGGCGAUGCCCAGGCCCAAGCACGCACCAGUUUCGUCGACAAAAUCCAUGGUAUUACAGAUAAGUUACAGCACUCACUUGGCGGCCAUUUGACGCACGAUCCCAGCAAGACCGGCAGUGUACAUCCCAUGCUAACCGUUACGCCCAGCCCGUUGGCCAGCGGUCCGAGCAUGUUCCCGAGCAUCAGCGCCGCACGCCGUUCGGUGGACUCGAGCCCCUCGCACUCGCAGACCAAUCCGUCGCAAAUGUCGCGCAAUUCGUCGAAGAAGAGCAACAAUUCCGUUAAUUGCAAAAUUGAUACUGACAUUAAGCUGCUGGCACGUAAGCUCUCCCACUUUGAUCCUUUGACCCUGAAGGUGCCGCUGAAGGAUGUCGUCUGCUAUUUAUCACUGCUUGAGGCCGGACGGCCAGAGGACAAGCUCGAAUUCAUGUUCCGGCUAUACGAUACGGAUAGUAAUGGCGUACUGGACACUGCUGAAAUGGAUGCCAUUGUUAAUCAGAUGAUGGCCGUUGCCGAAUAUCUUGGCUGGGAUGUCAGUGAGCUGCGUCCAAUUCUGCAAGAUAUGAUGGUUGAAAUCGACUAUGACGCCGAUGGCACAGUGUCCUUAGAUGAGUGGCAACGGGGUGGCAUGACAACCAUACCGCUCCUCGUUCUCCUAGGCGUUGAUAGCACCACUCUCAAGGAGGAUGGCAUCCAUGUGUGGCGCUUGAAGCACUUCAGCAAACCGGCGUAUUGCAAUCUCUGCCUCAACAUGCUAGUCGGCCUUGGCAAGAAAGGACUCUGCUGUGUCCUUUGCAAGUACACGGUGCACGAGCGAUGCGUGCAACAUGCGCCCGCCUCAUGCAUCACCACCUACGUGAAAUCAAAGAAGCCCAAAUGCGGCGCAGAUCUGUUGCAUCAUUGGGUAGAAGGCAAUUGCUACGGACGCUGCUCCAAGUGCCGCAAACGCAUUAAGGCAUACCACGGCAUAACUGGACUGACCUGUCGCUGGUGUCAUAUGAUGCUGCAUAAUCGCUGCGCCUCAUCGGUGAAGAAGGAGUGCUCGCUGGGUGAAUAUGCCGGGCUUAUUGUGCCACCCACUGCAAUCUGUCCAGCUGUCCUGGAUCGCCAGCGUUCGGUAAACCAGACCUACAAAAAAUCACAAAUGCAUCAUCAUCACCAGGCAACACAUUUCCAAAUCACGCUGCCGGAUGAGCUGAGCUGUCCGCUGCUGGUGUUUAUCAAUCCGAAGAGUGGCGGGCGACAGGGCGAUCGCAUUCUGCGCAAAUUCCAGUACAUGCUCAAUCCCAGACAGGUCUACGACUUGUCCAAAGGUGGACCCAAGGAAGGGCUUACGCUCUUUAAGGACUUGCCCAACUUCAAAGUAAUAUGCUGUGGUGGCGAUGGCACAGUCGGCUGGGUGCUCGAGGCCAUGGAUUCCAUCGAGCUGGCCACACAGCCUGCUAUUGGGGUGAUACCCCUAGGAACUGGCAAUGACUUGGCCCGCUGUUUGCGCUGGGGCGGUGGCUAUGAGGGUGAAAAUAUACCCAAAUUAAUGGAGAAGAUAAGGCGUGCCUCGACCGUAAUGCUGGAUCGAUGGAGCAUCGAGGUGACCAACAGUCUGCCAACCGUCGAGGAGCUGCGGCCAAAGGUAACUUUGCACUCGAACAUGCAAAAGGUGAUUGAGUUGUCGCAGAGUGUUGUUGUCGACAAAUCGGUGAUCGAAAGAUUCGAAGAAAUUCAUCGACAAAACCUGAUGAGCAGCAGCUGCAGCACAGACAACAUGUCGAAUGUGAACCAGGCGCCAACAACUUCGGCAUCCGCCACCUCGAUUAUGAUGGCAACGGAAUACACUCAGGAUAUGAGGACAACGACAAUGACAUCGACAAUGGCCGGUGGAGAUGGGGGACAACAGCAGGUGGGUGCUGACAGUGGCACACGCACCACAACCACCAAGAGCAUUUCAAUGUCAACGUUCGAAACGAGGCGCAUGCAGAAAAAAUUGGCAUCCACAAUGAGCAGCAGCAGCAGCAGCAGCAACACAAUCAGCUCAAGUGGCAGUGCCGCAGGCAGCCUCAACACCAAUCUGCCGCAACAACAAUGCCAGCCACAGCCAGAGCAUGAGCAGUUGGCAACUGCAGAGUUGCCAUCCCUGACCCGAACCGAUGGAACAGAAAAACAAUCGCUGGAAACGCUGCUCGUGCAGCACAAACAACAUCAGAAAAAGUUAGCAGAAGAAGUUGCUGCCGCUUCGGUGACGCCAACGGAUGCUGCCGCAACCGAGAGUAAUGCAAGCGAUCAUAAUAAUAGUCUGUGCAACGUCGUUAAACAGCAAAUUACAUUGUCAUUGGAUUUGUCGGACAAGUGUACGACCAGCAGCCAAAACAAUAACAACAACAACAACAAUCAAGAGCAACAGAACAGGCAACAUCAUGUGGCCAGCACACCACAAACCCCAAUCACACCCAUCACACCCAUCACGCCCACAACGCCAUCAGCAGCUGUGGCAGCGGCAACACCAGCAACACCCACAACCACAGAGACAGCAGUGCCAAUCAGUGCAACGCAAUGCGGCAGCAGCAGCAACAUUCCACAGAAGGCAAUCAAAGUGCAAUCGGACAAGGACUGCAUUGUGCCCUACAACAUUAUCAACAAUUACUUCUCCGUUGGCGUGGAUGCUGCAAUUUGUGUCAAGUUUCAUUUGGAGCGCGAGAAAAAUCCGCACAAGUUCAACAGUCGCAUGAAAAAUAAGCUUUGGUAUUUCGAAUAUGCAACUUCUGAGACAUUUGCCGCAUCCUGUAAAAAUCUGCACGAGCACAUCGAGAUUGUGUGCGAUGGCGUUGCCUUGGACCUGGCGAAUGGGCCGCAUUUACAGGGCGUGGCACUGCUCAAUAUACCCUACACACAUGGCGGCUCCAAUCUGUGGGGCGAACACUUGUCCCAAAAGCGCAUUCGUAAAAGUGCCGGCCCUUUUGGCAAGAGUAAGAAACUCAAGUCCAGCGACAAGGAGUUCUCAGCCGCCAGCUUCACAUCCGUAGACCUCUCAGUGGCCAUUCAGGAUUUUGGCGAUCGUCUGAUCGAGGUUAUUGGCUUGGAGAAUUGCCUGCACAUGGGUCAGGUGCGGACCGGCCUACGUGCCUCGGGUCGCCGUUUGGCGCAGUGCAGCGAGGUCAUCAUUAAAACCAAGAAAACAUUUCCUAUGCAAAUCGAUGGCGAGCCCUGGAUGCAAAUGCCCUGCACGAUAAAGGUAACACACAAGAAUCAAGUUCCUAUGCUGAUGGCACCGCGCUCGGAAAAGGGACGGGGAUUUUUUAAUAUGCUAUGCAGCUGAUUCAGGCGCAGCGCAUCGAGCGACUUCAUCGGCCGGCGACAGGCCGCUGAAUCAGCCGAUGAGCUGGAAGAUGAUUAUCGUAUUAUGACCAGAAGCACCACCGUCCAUAAUUUACCUUAGCAAGCCAAAUAGCUUUAAACUGUUUGCCCCCAACUGGCUUGCUUACAGUUCACCUAGUCAAAGAUGUCUGCUUAAGCUUAUAUAUAUAUAUAUAUAAAUAUAUAUAUUAGUUGAGUGAGUUAAGUGAGUUUUAGAGCUUUUCAAAUAAU